CCGCUCUUGAAGCGGGCCUCCGCCGGCCUGCAGCAAGUGCGGGAGCAGACGUGGGCCCGGCAGCUGUUGCAGGAGAUGAAGACUCUCUUCUUGAAUACCGAGUACCUGAUGCCCUUUCUCCUCAACCAAAGUGGCUCCCUUGUCUACUACUUGACCUUGGCAUCAACAGAUUUGACUUUAGCUGUGCCCAUCUGUAACUCUCUGGCUAUCGUCUUCACACUGAUUGUUGGGAAGGUCCUUGGAGAAGAUGUUGGUGGAAAACAAGCAGUGGCGGGCAUGGUGCUCACCGUCAUAGGAAUCACACUUUGCAUCACAAGCUCAGUGACCAAGACCCAAGACCAACCGUCGUCCUCUUGAGUGGGCCAUCCCCGACCUUCCGUUCUGCUGUGCUCAGCAGACCUGGCACUGAGGUGCAGGCAGAGUGACGCACCAGCUUGCCUCUCUGAGCUUACCCUCCUCAUCUCUGAGAUCAUAUCUACCUCAGAGUCACAAUAAUAAUAGCAUGGUUGCUGGGCA